GAUAAAUCACGAUGAGCGCUCACACUAAACGUACAGAAUUAGCUCUGCCAGCAUGUAUUGCAUCUGAUGAGGAAUGGACUCAUCAUCUUUCAAAACAGGGUCUAAGAGUCUUUGAUGUAUAUGCCAAAUGGGCUGGUUCCUGUGAACCAAUGCAAAACAUCUUCAAACGGCUCAAAGUAGAGCAUGGUGAAGAUGUGUGUUUUGUUCAGGCUCAGUCAGAUCAUAUUGAAGCCUUGAAAAAUCUCCGUGGCAAAUCAUGCCCUACAUUCCUGUUUUUCUUUGAUGGAACUCUUGUAAAGAUGGUAAAAGGCGCGAAUGCCCCAUUGAUUGAAAAAACAAUCAAGGAGCAACUGGAUAUGGAAAAGGCAGGACACCCGCAUCAUCAUAUUGUUUUUGAUGACAUGGGUGCACAAAUCUUGGCUGGUCCAUUACAAGAUGGUGCGACCUGCAAUGCAGCGGAAAAUCAUGAUAGUACGGCUGCUGCUACUGAUAUAAAUCAGGAACAUCAUCCUAAUGUGAAAACAACUUUACGCCAACACGAAACUGGUAGUGGUGAAUUAUCGGCCACGUCCAACACAUCAGAUUCGCCUGGUUUGGAGGAAACACUUGCAUUGAUCAAGCCAGACGCCAUGUCUCCUGGUGUGCUGGACCAGAUUAUAGAUAUUAUUCGACUCAAUCGAUUUGAAAUUGUAAACAGAAAAAAGGUUUGGAUGACCGAGGCCAAUGUUAGAGAAUUUUAUGCUUCUCAUGUGGAAAAAUCAUUUUUUCCAUCGCUGGUUUCAUAUCUAUCCAGUGCACCAACUCUUGCACUUAUCUUGAAAAAAGAAAACGCUGUUUCUGCUUGGAGAGAGCUUAUGGGCCCAGCAUCGGCAAUUCGUGCCAAAGAAGAAGCACCUAGAUCUAUUCGAGCCAAGUUUGGAACCGAUUCGCGCCUCAAUGCAGUAUUUGGUUCCGACUCUGUUGAAACGGCCAAACAUGAAAUUGAUUUGUUAUUUGGACCCAACGCAGCAUUAACUACAAUGUCUUUUGAUGAGGCUGCUAUUUCAGGAGCACCAGCCAACCCUCAAAAAACUCUACUUUUUAUCAAACCUGAUGCCAUGUCUACUAGCACUGUCGAUGGAAUCAUUGAACGCAUAAUUUGCUGUGGAUUCCAAGUUUUGAAGCGCGAGGAAGUCACAUUAACAGUAGAUAUGGCUAAUGAGAUCUUUUAUUACUUGAAAGAGCGUACAUUCUUUGAUGAUUAUAUUGCUCAUAUGACUAGUGAUUCUGUGAUUGCGCUGGUACUCAAGGGCGAUGGUGUGAUUGAUGGCAUGCAGCAAAUCAUUGGUCCAGAUGAUCCCAUAGAAGCAAAAGAAAGAUUUCCAAUGAGUAUUCGUGCUCUUUAUGGUACUGAUGUGGUUAAAAAUGCUGUGUAUAGUUCUGUAACGCCAGAAGAAGCGCUUCAUGAUAUCCAUCUCAUUUUCCCACACGUACUGAAGCGUACUGGUUCAAGUAUUUUUUCAUCUCGCCCUGGAACUGCAUUUGCAUCACAGUCUGCAAGUAGAACUCAAUCACAAGCUCAACUUCAUGCUCGUCUUGAAAGAACACUGGCACUUAUCAAGCCCGAUGUGUACCCACUACAUAAAGAUGCGAUUUUGGCCCGUAUGAAAUCUGAAGGGUUUACUAUUAUUUGCGAAUCAGAGAUGCGCUUUACGAUUGAAAAGGCACAAGAUUUUUACAAAGAGCAUGAAGGAAAAUCAUUCUAUGUCGAGCUUACCAUGUGGAUGAGUAGUGCUCCUAUUUUUGCUGUUGUACUGGAAAAAUCCAACGGCAUCGGGUUGUGGCGAGAAUUGGCUGGGCCCACCAACUCAAUCAAAGCCAAAGAAAUAUCACCCAAUUCAAUACGUGCUUUGUUUGGUAAAGAUGGAUCUCAUAAUGCUGUGCAUGGAUCAGAUUCUCCUGCAUCUGCCGAGCGUGAAAUCGGUAUUGUGUUUGGUGAAACUGUCAGUCCAUAUCCCGACCCGCUUGAAAACACUCUGGCACUCAUUAAGCCUGAUGUAUAUCCUGCUAAGCGCGACGAUAUUAUGAACAAAAUCCAUGAAAGUGGAUUUGAUGUCAUCAAAGAAUCUGAAGUGCAUUUCACAAUUGAAAAAGCACGCGAAUUUUAUAUUGAGCAUGAUGGAAGGCCAUUUUACGAAACUCUAGUGAACUGGAUGAGUAGCUCUCCAAUUUAUGCCAUUGUACUUUCUGGAAGUGGAGCGAUCAAGAAAUGGCGAACUCUUGCCGGCCCAACCAAUUCUGAAAAGGCAAGAGAAAGCGACCCAACCAGCAUUCGUGCAUUGUAUGGCAAAGAUGGGUCAGAGAAUGCUGUGCAUGGUUCCGAUUCACCUGCUAGUGCAUAUAGAGAGAUUCAGCUUGUCUUUGGUGAGGAAUUUGCAAAGUCGAUCGAAUUAAAUCCACAGCCUAGUCAUACUGCAGGGGCUUUCCAUUUACAAAAAACGGGUUCCAAGAAAGAUUUAAAAGAAAGCAAUACGGCCAAAUCGAUCGUUUCAUCUACUCAUAACAUCGCUGAGCCACUUUCUCAUGAAUCUGCUCAAGUUGAGUUGAAACACAAUGAAGAGUUGGCAGACAAUGAGUCCAAGCAACACGACACAUCAAUACAUCACGAAAAAGGUCAGCCAAAUGAGCAGUCAGAAAAUCACGAGUCUCAUAAAGAUCAUGAAGCUGCUGAAAAGGUGUCGAGUCAAUCCGAAUUGCAAAGUGUUUCAGAAGCAGAAGUGCAAAAAAUACAAGAGCAUAGUAAAAUGGCUGAUCAAUCUUCCAAUAUUGCUCAGCCACCACUCCAACCGCAUCCACCAACCGAAGCACCUUUAUCUACAGGCGGAUCGCGACCCAAUCUCGAUUCAGCUCGACACGCUUCAAAAUCCAACUUGGGUCACCAGCCCUCAAUGCCAUCCAUUACAGCUGAAAACAAAUCCAGUUUGGCAAAAGAUAGUCCUAAAUUUGGUAGUGUGAAAAGUGUGUCCAAUCUUGGUUCCAAAUCUACUGGAAGCAAAGCCAAUGUUUCUGGUAGAAAAGCAAGUAUUACUGGUAGUCAUCCCGGUAGCGCAAGUAGUAAUGUCAGUGUAUCAGCCAGUAAGACUAAGCUAAAUGGUAGCAAGUCAAAAAUUGGUAAAAGUACUUCCAGUGAAUUAAACAAAUCUACCAAAGCAAGCCUUGUUGCUAAAUCUCAUAAUACAAUUGAACCCUCACCUCCUAAAUCCAAGCCUGGAUCACAAGCCAAUUUACAUACUACUGAGAGUUCUGCGCCUUGAAUAAACUAUUUCAUUAUUUGAGAUC